ACCAAAAUUUCUGGGCAUUCAUUUUCCUCUGUUUCUGUAAACGCACUGUGGCUGAAGAAGAAGCUUUUCUUUCUCUCUAUUCAUUACUUCACGCAUAUAUUCCUUCAAAUUCAUUCACUUUCUCUCACCCAAUCAAUCUACGAACCCUUCUUCUCUUUCCUUUCACACAUUCUCUUCUUCUCGGUGUUCUUUGAUCCCCUUUUGCUUCACGCUAACUUUCUUAAUCCUCUUCUGCGUUUCUUUUCUCUUUAGAUUCUCAUCAUCGCCUCCCUGCGAUCGUCUUCUAAUUCGAAAUUUUCUUUUGAUUGCUGAGAAACCUCGAGAAAAUCGUAGUGUUUCCGUGUCUCCUUGUUUAACCUCUGUUUUCUCAGAACAAUUUUUCUUGUGUGUUUUGAGGCUCAAACGACUUGACCCAGUUCUGAUUUUUCUUUGUUUUGUUUGUUAUUCAUUGGAAAAACGAAGAAAGAGAGGAUUUUUUAAAUUGGAAAAUGCUGGGGACUUCCCUGCAAUUUGGUGGUGUUCGUGGUGAAGAUCGGUUUUACAUUCCGGUGAAGGCAAGGAAGAACCAGAAUCAGCGAAAACAAGUUCAUAGAGAUAAGAUUGGUGAAACUGAGAGUGCCGAUUCUGUUUCAAAGAGCCAGCUUGUUGCAUCUGAGAAUGGGAAUUCAAAUGAAUCUUCUUCAUUCUCUUUGAACAAACCUUCUUCUUGUCUUGAGCCUGCUAGUAACAUUGAUAGGUUCCUCGAGUCCACAACACCUUUAGUUCCAGCUCAGUAUUUCUCUAAGACAACAAUGAGAGGUCUGAAUUGGAAGACCUGUGAUGUGGAGUAUCAAUCUUACUUUGCUCUUAAUGAUCUCUGGGAAUCGUUUAAGGAGUGGAGUGCAUAUGGAGUAGGAGUCCCCUUGUUACUUGAUCAAAGACAAUCUGUUGUCCAAUAUUAUGUUCCUUAUUUGUCAGCUAUUCAACUAUAUGGUCAAUCAGCCAAGAAGUUUAAUGCUAAGCCAAGGUUUAAUGGUGAAGACAGUGAUAGUGAUUACUACAGAGAUUCAAGUAGUGAUGGAAGCAGUGAUAGUGAAUUUGGAAGAAGGACUGAGCUUUUUCUAGCCCAAAGAAAUAGUCAAAAUUGGACAGGCGAUGCUUCUUUACAUAUGAGCAGGUUAUCUGUACAUGAUAAACAAAAUGCAAUGCAAGAGGAAUUUUCCAGCGAUGAUAGUGAAGCUGGGAAUCCUCAAGAUCUUCUUUUUGAAUACUUUGAUCAAGAUCCUCCUUAUAGCCGUGAACCAUUAUCUGACAAAAUACUUGAUCUCGCACGCCACUGUCCAAGCCUCAAGUCAUUGAGAAGUUGUGAUUUAUUGCCAGCUAGUUGGAUGUCUGUGGCAUGGUAUCCUAUAUAUCGAAUACCCACUGGUCUAACAUUAAAAGAUUUAGAUGCCUGUUUUCUUACAUACCAUUCUCUCCAUACACCCUUGACAGGAAAUGGAGGUACCCAGGCUCCUAUUUUGGUUUCUCCAAAUGACAUGGAUGGUGUACCAAAGAUUUCCUUACCAACUUUUGCAAUGGCUUCCUAUAAACUAAAGGGAUCUGUUUGGAUGCAAAAUGCAGUUAGUGAGAGUCAACUUGCAAAUUCCUUAUUGCAGGCUGCAGAUAAUUGGUUAAGGUUGCUUCAGGUCAAUCACCCUGAUUAUCAGUUCUUCAUAUCACAUGGCACAUACCACAGGUGAACCAAAUCAGUUGACAUGUCAUUACAUUCUCAUGGCUAAAUCUUAAAGCUAUUAGCCUCAAAUUUCUAUGUUCACAUUGCUCCAUGCAAACUUGGUGUAGUCCAUCCAUCUAUAGAGACUGAUGGAGUUGGAACUACUAAUAUGGCGUAAGCAGCACAUAAGGUGGUCUUAUCUCAAGAGAAGAAUGAAAUAGAGAUUGCUAAAGUGAAUAUAAAAUGAGAAAAAAAAAGAAAAAAAAGAAACAGCUGCUUUGUAUGGAGAAAAAUUGUCACACAAGUGGAAGGACACAAUUGAAAGGGAGAAAAAACUAAUAUACAGUAUAACAGGUUCACAGGGAAUGUAUGUGAGAUUAAGCUAGAUCUUUCGAGACUUUUCUGCUAAAUUAUGCUUAGUUUUAUAGACUUAAAUAUUUAAUGCUGUUCAUGUUGUGAUUUAGAAAAGAACGGGUGAAAUGUGUAGAUUUUCCUGUAUAAUAAUAAGGUACAAUUGUGACACCUUAUUAGAGUAAUCGAAAUUAUAAAUUAAUAC